CACAGUUGCAGAAAGAGGAAAAACAGCUUUCCAUUCGUCGAAUCUCGCCUGCUUUGUCGUCAGUUCGCUAUCCUCGUCCGAGUCGGUCGGUUGUGUUUUCAGUUUGUUCUUCUAAGCUUCCCAGCACAAAGCUGUGUGGAUUAUAAAUUUUCGUUACAUUCAGAAAUAAUAUUGUGAAUUUACAAUAGUGAAACAUAUUGAAUGGAUUAAUGCUAGUGCGAAAAACAAGGCUCAACGUGUAGUGCCGGAAUAGUUUGAAAGGUGAAUAAAACUACUUCCAGCUGGAGAUUUUAUUUCAUUAUUGGUACCGGUUCCAGAGUGUGAAUAUCCAGUGAUCCAGUGAAAACAUUGCUGAGAGAUAAACGGAGUUUUCGAACAAGGUUAAUUUUUUACCUGAACUAUCAAAAUUGCACGAAGCAUUGAUGCUGUGACCGGUGGCUAUCAGUUGGAUCCGAGAAGCAGUCCGAGCAGACAGUGGCAAACGGCAAACGGCAGUCGUAUUGUGAGGUGCACACGUGCACACGGAUGUUAAUCAGAUUCGAACCGUCGUGAAGAACCAGUAGAAGCAGCAGGAGUAGAGAGCAGGCAGGCGGAGCCUCCCCCACCACACCAUGUGGGACUCCCAGCUUGUGUGGGCUCGGGACUCCCAGGAGGGAUAUGUUCAAGGCCGUAUAUCGGAAAUCGGUGCCGAUGAGUACGAAGUGCUGCCGGUGAACAGCAGCCAGCCCAGGCGAAACUGCAUCCCGGAGGAUAUCUUCCCGUCGUGCGAAGCCGUUUCCGACCACGAUGACAACUGUGAAUUGAUGUUUCUAAAUGAGGCUACUCUACUAGACAAUAUAAAAAACCGGUACUAUAAGGACAAAAUUUAUACGUACGUAGCGAACAUCCUGAUAGCGGUCAAUCCGUACAAGGAAAUUCGGGACCUCUAUUCAAAGACCACCAUCAAGCGAUACAAUGGGAAAUCGCUCGGUGAGCUACCGCCACACGUUUACGCCAUCGCAGACAAAGCGAUUCGGGACAUGCGCGUCCUCAAGAUGUCUCAAUCGAUCAUCGUUUCGGGUGAAUCGGGUGCCGGUAAGACCGAGAGUACCAAGUACCUGCUGAAGUAUCUAUGUGAUGCCGCUUCCACGGCUGGACCGAUUGAGCAGAAAAUCCUGGACGCCAAUCCGAUUCUGGAGGCGUUCGGUAAUGCGAAAACGACAAGAAAUAAUAACAGUUCCCGAUUCGGAAAGUUUAUCGAGGUGCACUACGACAGCAAGUGUCAGGUGGUCGGUGGACAUAUAUCGCAUUAUUUGCUGGAGAAAAGCAGAAUCUGUACCCAGAGUGCGGAUGAGAGAAAUUAUCACGUGUUUUAUUUGCUAUGUGCGGGAGCCCCGCAGCAGCUCCGAGACAAACUGUUGAUCGGGAAGCCAGAUGAUUACCGAUAUCUGGCUGGUUGUACGCAAUAUUUUUCGACGCCGGAAACGGACCGUAAGAUUCCGAAUUCCCAAAAAUCGAAGGAUUACAUGAACAAGGGUUCGUUGAAGGAUCCAAUUUUGGAUGAUUACAAAGAUUUUCAGGAUUUGGAUCAAGCUCUGACGAGGUUGGGUUUGUCUGAUGGACAGAAAUUUGAGAUUUACUGUCUGGUGGCGGCGGUUCUCCAUCUCGGGAACAUUACAUUCGAGGACAAUCCUGAGGAUGCGAAGGGAGGGUGCAGAGUAGCACAAGCUUCCGAGAGAGCCUUGACGAUCACGGCCCGAUUGAUAGGAUUGGAUCCCUCAGAGCUUAGACAGGCCCUGGUGUCGAGAGUAAUGCAAAGCAAAGGUGGCGGAAUCAAGGGCACUGUUAUUAUGGUACCUCUGAAGGUAUACGAAGCCCACAACGCAAGAGAUGCACUGGCGAAAGCUCUGUAUUCCAGACUCUUCGAUCAUAUAGUUUCGCUCAUCAACCAGAACAUACCAUUCCAGGUGUCGAGUUACUAUAUUGGUGUGCUGGAUAUUGCUGGUUUUGAAUAUUUCACGGUAAACUCAUUCGAGCAAUUCUGCAUCAAUUAUUGCAACGAAAAGUUGCAGAAAUUCUUCAAUGACAACAUACUUGCAGCCGAGCAGGAGCUGUAUAAGCGGGAGGGACUCAACGUUCCGGAGAUUAAAUUCACCGACAAUCAGGACAUAAUUGAACUGAUUGAAUCCAAAUCGAGCGGUAUCUUCAAUUUGCUGGAUGAAGAAUCCAAACUCCCAAAGCCAUCAUACGCUCACUUCACGUCGGAAGUGCACAGUGCCUGGCAGGGCCAUUUCCGUCUGGCAAUACCACGUGCCUCCAAGCUGAAGGCACACCGUGUUCUGCGAGACGAUGAAGGUUUCCUGGUGCGUCAUUUUGCCGGUGCUGUUUGCUACAAUACGAAUCAAUUCAUCGAGAAGAACAAUGACGCGCUGCACGCUUCGCUCGAGGGACUCGUCCAAGAAUCUGAGAAUCCUCUUUUGAAGCGUCUUUUCGCCAGUGGUAAAGUGGCCAGCACCAAGGGAAAGCUUGCCUUCAUUUCCGUUGGUUCCAAGUUCAAAACCCAGUUGGGUGAGCUGAUGAAUAAAUUAGAGAAAAACGGCACAAACUUCAUCCGUUGUAUCAAACCCAACAGUCGCAUGAUAGAUCAUUCGUUCGAGGGAGGCCUAGCGUUGGCCCAGCUGAAAUGCUCUGGAACGACUUCGGUACUGGAACUUAUGGAGUACGGCUAUCCUUCGCGGGUGCCCUUCACUGAGCUGUACAAUAUGUAUAAAUCUUUCCUUCCGCCUGAACUGGCUCGGCUCAACCCGCGCACCUUCUGCGAGGCCAUGCUGCACUCUCUCAAGCUCAACAAUAAAGAUUUCAAGUUUGGCAUCACGAAAGUGUUCUUCCGACCGGGCAAGUUCGUCGAGUUCGAUAGGAUUAUGAAGUCGGACCCGGAGAACCUUCGGGCGAUUGUGGCCAACGUAAAGAAAUGGUUGGUCCGCUCGCGCUGGAUCAAAUCCGUGUUCUGUGCUAUCUGUGUGAUCAAGUUGAAGAACCGUAUCAUCUAUCGCAACAAGUGUGUGCUGAUUAUCCAGAAAAUCGUUCGCGGACACUUGGCUCGCAAGCAACACCAGCCACGUAUUAAGGGAAUUAUGAAAAUAAAUGCCAUCAAGGCUAAUCUGGGCAAAAUGAAGGAAAUUGCCCUCCAGCUGAAGGUGGAACGUGACAAUAUGCUGAAGCAAGUAGCGACCGUACAGAGCUCGAUUGAUGACGCAGUGGUUAGGAUCAAAGCAAAUCCCCAAAUCACGGCGGCAGCAGUCGAUGGUUUGUAUGCCGGGAUAAUGGCCAAGAUUGAUGCUCAGAUGAAAACCAUACACCUGAAACUGCAGGAGCAGCGAAACGCCGAAGAGCAGGAACGGUUGCGCAAGAUUCAGGCUGCUCUGGAGGCGGAGAAGAAGAUUAAGGAGGCGGAAGAGCGACGACUGCGGGAGGAGGAGGAUAAUCGAAAGAAGAAAGCUGAGAUGGAAGCCAGGCGCAAAGAAGACGAAAUUCGUCGACUGCGACAGGAAGAAGAAGAUAGGAAAGCAGCUCUUGCAUUGCAGGCUCAGCUUGAGAGAGAAGCCCAAGAAGAUAUCCAAUAUCGACAACAAUUGGAGCAGGAACGACGAGAUCAUGAGUUAGCUCUCCGGUUGGCACAGGAAUCUAACGGUCAGGUGGAAGACAGUCCACCUCUGAUGAGGAACGGUACACCAGAAGUUACGCCUUUGGGUAAUCCAAAUCGUUUGAUCAGAUCUGAAGCGAUUCGUGCACAGCAGCAGUUAAUCGAGAAACAGAAGCACGACCUGUCCAAGUGGAAGUAUUCGGAGCUGCGAGAUGCGAUUAACACCAGCUGCGACAUCGAGCUGCUCGAAGCAUGCCGCCAUGAGUUCCACCGCCGCCUGAAGGUGUACCACGCCUGGAAGGCAAAGAACCGAAAACGCACCACGAUGGAUGAGAACGAACGGGCACCACGCAGUGUUAUGGAAGCAGCUGCCCGAGCACCCCCGAGGCUACCGCAGAAGCUGGAAAUCACCACCGGAACGGUCCAUCGGUACUUCCGCAUUCCGUUCGUACGGCCGAGUAUCAAUCCGGAGGAGGAUAACAAGCGUGGCUGGUGGUAUGCCCACUUCGAUGGCCAGUACGUGGCCCGCCAGAUGGAACUGCACGCCGAUAAGCCACCGAUACUGCUGAUCGCAGGGGUCGAUGAUAUGCAGAUGUGUGAGCUGAGUUUAGAGGAAACGGGAUUGACGAGGAAACGCGGUGCCGAAAUUCUAGAGCAUGAAUUCAACCGCGAAUGGGAACGGAACGGCGGUAAGCUGUACAAGCGGUCCGGCAAAUAAAGAAAUUGUCGUUUGCCAAAUUUGUUCAUAUGAUAUUUUCAAUUGGUUUGAAAAUAAUGAGAGAGUAAUAUAUUUUGGCAAGUUUUAUUACAAUGAACCGACAGUUGGAAAGUCGGUUGUUUUCGAGUGUCUUGCGUUUUGGUGCCUUCUAAAGAAAAUCUUGAUCAAAUCAUUCCGGUAAAUCAUAAUGAAAUUCCGAAUUCCAGUGUGAGUAUGUCAUAUUGCUUCACGAACCACAUUCGCUUCUUAUUUCUAUGCGUUUUGCGAAAAAAAUGUAGUCAAUAUUUCAGUUUGAAUAAUCAUUUUAAUUUAUGCUUAAUGAUAAUUAUGCAAAAAGCUGAUAGCAUAUGGUAACCAUCUAGAAUAUUUUACACAUGCGUGCGUACAGGAGAAGGACCAUAGUGUUCCGGCUAAUUUUUACCCUUACCCGUACAUCCGUAGAUGUGCAACUAGAAGAAAAUUAAUAUAUAGCAAGAAAUGAAGACAAAAAGAAGUUUGCAGUUUCUUGAUAGGAAGGUUUACACAAGUUCGAUACAUUAUCUGUUGUUGUCCAAGAAAAAUAUAUAAAACAAACGAAAGAGGAUAUAUCUAUAUGUUAAAACGAAAGGCUUGUUGAAAUAUUUUGGCUAGCAACAAAAUUCAUUUAACCAAUUUCGAGCCACGACCAACAGAGAUAGAAAGGCAAACACGGUGUUAUAAAUGAAGACAAUUAUAUCUGUGCUAUUUCCUAUUUACCGUUUCUAUAUCUAUUUACAAAUUCAAAGCAAAUAUUGACACCCAGAAACGGACAGAUUUUGUUCCAAAAGCUAGAAAGACUUACUACUAUGAUAAAUAAUAAUACUAUCUACAGCUUUUAUGGCCAAA